AGAAUCAUGAGGCAGACCUUGCUUUGUCAUAUCUACGUUUUGGGGGGACUUUUGUCCUUUGGUAUCCGGUACACAUCUUCCGCUCAUCAGUGCACUGUGAGCCGCGAAGUAGCUGACUGCAGCCACCUGAAGUUGACCCAAGUACCUGACGACCUCCCUACAAACAUAACAGUGUUAAAUCUUACCCAUAAUCAGCUCAGAAGGUUGCCACCUGCCAAUCUGACACGGUAUAGCCAACUUGCUAUCUUGGAUGGAGGAUUUAACAGCAUCUCAAAACUGGAGCCAGAAUUGUGUCAAAAUCUCCCCUUGUUGGAAGCUUUGAACCUCCAGCACAAUGAACUCUCUCAACUUUCUGACAAAACCUUUACUUUCUGCCUGAGUUUGACCGAACUCCAUCUAAUGUCCAACUCAAUCAAGAAUAUUCAAAAUAAUCCUUUUAAAAACCAGAAGAAUUUAAUCAAAUUAGAUUUGUCUCAUAACGGUUUAUCAUCUACAAAAUUAGGAACUCACGUCCAACUGGAAAAUCUCCAAGAGCUUCUAUUAUCAAACAAUAAAAUUCAUGCACUAAGAAGUGAAGAACUUGAUUUCCUUGCAAAUUCAUCUUUAAAAAAAUUAGAGUUAUCGUCAAAUCAAAUCAAAGAGUUUUCUCCAGGGUGUUUUCAUGCAAUUGGAAAGUUAUUUGGCCUCUUCCUGAACAAUGCUCAACUGGGCUCCAGUCUCACAGAGAAGCUUUGUUGGGAAUUAUCAAACACAAGCAUUCAGAAGCUGUCUCUGAGUAACAUCCAGCUGGACACAACCAGCAAUGUAACCUUCACCGGGCUAAAGCAGACAAAUCUCACCAUGUUGGACCUUUCAUAUAAUAGCUUACGGGUGAUUGGGAACGAUUCCUUUACUUGGCUUCCGCAUUUAGAAUAUUUAUUCCUGGAGUAUAAUGCUAUACAGCACUUGUAUUCUCACUCCUUUUAUGGGCUUUUCAAUCUGAGAUACCUGAAUUUGAAACGAUCUUUUACUAAACAAAGUAAUUCCCUUGGUUUGCUUCCCAAGAUUGAUAAUUUUUCUUUUCAGUGGCUAAGAUUGUUGGAGAAUCUUAACAUGGAAGAUAACAAUAUUCCAGGCAUAAAAAGCAAUAUGUUCACCGGAUUGAUAAAUCUGAAAUACUUGAGUCUAUCCAACUCUUUCACAACUUUGCAGACUCUAACAAAUGAAACAUUUUUAUCACUUGCUCAUUCUCCUCUGCACGUACUGAAUCUAACCAAAAAUAAAAUCUCAAAAAUAGAAAGUGGAACUUUCUCUUGUUUGGGCCACCUGAAAAUACUUGACGUUGGCCUGAAUGAAAUUGAGCAAGAACUCACAGGCCAGGAAUGGAGAGGUCUAGACCAUAUUUUUGAAAUCUACCUUUCCUACAACAAACACUUGAAACUUACUAGCAACUCCUUUGCCUCGGUUCCAAGCCUUCAACGACUGAUGCUUCGAAGGGUGGGCCUUAAAAAUGUGUCUAGCUCUCCUUCGCCCUUCCACCCUCUCCGUAACUUGACUAUUCUGGAUCUAAGCAACAACAACAUUGCCAACAUAAAUGAUGACAUGUUGGAAGGUCUUGGGAAACUAGAAAUUCUGGAUUUGCAGCAUAACAACUUAGCAAGGCUCUGGAAACAUGCAAACCCUGGUGGUCCUGUUUAUUUUCUAAAGAAUCUUUCUCGCCUCCAUAUCCUUAACUUAGAGUCUAAUGGCUUCGAUGAGAUCCCAGCCGAGGCCUUCAAGGAUUUAUCUGAAUUAAGGGGCAUCAGUUUAGGAUUGAAUAAUUUAAACAUACUUCCACCAUUCGUCUUUGAUAAGCAAGUGUCACUGAAGUCAUUGACCCUUCAGAAGAAUCUUAUAACAUCAGUUGAGGAGAAUGUCUUUGGGAAAGUUUUCAGGAACCUGAGUGAUUUAGAUAUGCGCUCUAAUCCAUUUGACUGUACGUGUGAAAGUAUUGCCUGGUUUGUUAACUGGAUUAAUAAGACCAAUACCAACAUCUCUGAGCUAUCGAGUCAUUACCUCUGCAACACUCCGCCUCAAUAUCAUGGAUUUCCAGUGAUGCUUUUUGAUAUAUCACCCUGCAAAGACAGUGCCCCCUUUGAACUCCUUUUCACCGUCAAUACCACUAUCCUGUUGAGUUUUAUCUUUAUUGUACUGCUCAUCCAUUUUGAGAGCUGGAGGAUAUCUUUUUAUUGGAACGUUGCAGUACAUAGAGUUCUUGGUUUCAAAGAAAUAGACAAACAACCAGAGCAGUUUGAAUAUGCAGCAUAUGUAAUUCAUGCCCACAAUGACAAGGAUUGGGUCUGGGAACAAUUCUCCCCAAUGGAAGAGAAAGACCAAUCUAUCAAAUUUUGUCUGGAAGAAAGGGACUUUGAGGCAGGUGUCCUUGAACUGGAAGCAAUUGUUAAUAGCAUCAAAAGAAGCAGAAAAAUUAUUUUUGUUAUAACACAUUAUCUAUUAAAAGAUCCAUUAUGCAAAAGAUUCAAGGUACACCAUGCAGUCCAGCAAGCUAUUGAACAAAAUCUGGAUUCCAUUAUACUGAUUUUUCUUGAGGAGAUUCCAGAUUAUAAACUGAACCAUGCACUCUGUUUGCGAAGAGGAAUGUUCAAAUCUCACUGCAUCUUGAACUGGCCAGUUCAGAAAGAACGGAUAAAUGCCUUUCAUCAUAAAUUGCAAGUAGCACUCGGAUCCAAAAAUGCAGUGCAUUAAAUUUAUUUAAAGAUGACAAUAGCAAAGGAGAAACCUUCUUAAUUUAAAAAGUUCCAUGGUAAUUUUGAGCUUCACUUAAAAUAGCU